AUGGCCAAGGUCAAGUUCAGUGGAUCAAGCGUCCAUGAAUCAGCUGCAACAACAACAGCACAAGCAAUCGCCACAGCAAAAACCCCCAAUUUAUCACCUCGACAAUUCCGGGCCACCCCCGCAACCUCCGUCACAAGCGAUGAGAUUUGUGCACAACUUUCCGCAGUACGGAGCAAACGCUUUUUCCACGAAGGAACAAGCAGUCGCAAAACUUACAAAGGUACCUACCUGUCCAUCUCCGCCUCACAUAGCGUGGUACAAUUCACCACCCAAUACAAGGAUUCACGCGUGAACCCCAGUUCAUGGGAUAAUGCACCUCAGGUAAACGAGACACACCUCACGCACAUGAUCAACAGAACGUACGAAGUGUUGGAUGUUCUGUUUGGCAUAAGGAACGAAAUCUCAUCAAGAACUGCAGAGAAUGCUCCGGUCGACGUUGGCGAAAUCAUCUUAUCUCGAAAGCCAAGAGCAAUAAACGUCUCUCAACCCCGUACGAAGUACAGGAAACGAAACAAGCGUGCGGCACCUCCAGGCAGAUGCCAUUCGUGUAAUAUAUCCGAAACGCCGGAAUGGCGCCGCGGUCCGGAUGGCGCCAGAACGCUUUGUAAUGCAUGCGAUUUUGCAAAGAUCACGAGAAAACGUGCUCUUUCGGCAAUGCAGCAGUUUGGACCUCAUUCGGUGGCCAACACGACAAUGAUUUAUAAUAAUACUACGAAAUUGAUUACAAUGCCGACACCACAAGAUCAAAGCAAAUGGCCGCAAGCCGAUUUGCCCGAAAACGAAUCAUUUUCCAAGAAUAAAUGA